AUGCUGAUCAACGACAAAGAAAAAUUUCUUGUGUCGGACAAGACAGGGAGGAACACUACUGAAUUAAUCAAUAAACUUCUUAAACAUGAAGCUACACUGUUGUUGGAUAACACACUAUCUAUCAUUGAUUAUCUCGACAGAGUUUCUCAUAUUCUUCGACUUGAAAACAAAGAACGGUGUCGAGCAUUUUACCAAACUCAGUGCACUUUGAAAGUCAAAGAAAAACUUGCCGAAUCAAAAUUGAUUUCAAUUCGCGACACCUUGAUGUUCAACCCGAUGAUAGACUUAAACAGAGACUCGUUGUAUACUUACCAUCAACUGCAAAAUGGACAGUUGCUUGGAGAAUAUGUUUCCGUUGAAAGGUGGAUGUUCAAAUCUUUGAAACCUGAAGAACAUGACACCUUUAAAAAAAUAGCAGAAGUCACAACAAUGGAUAACUAUAAACUGGUGUUUUUCUUUGAUGAUAGUGUCGAUGAGAUCCGAGAAUUUUACAAACACCCCAAACAGCCUGUAGAUAAGGAAGUCACAAGUUUGCUUGUAGUUCAAGACAACGAGGAGAUGGAAGAUCGACACGAAAAAAAUGGAACAGAAGACAAAGAAUUGGAACACCACGAAAGUGUUGAAGAACAGAACGGAGUCGCUAUAAUGAGUGAAAGUAGAAAUGACUCGACUAUCAACCACAAUCACUUUGAAUUCACAGUGACUCUUGCGCUUUUAACACGAACAGACACUAAAACGGACCAACUGCUGAAGUUGUGUUUCCAAUUUACCUCUUCUGAGACUAUAACAAAAAGCUUCACUUCAUUCGAUGCGCGUCGUGCAAAUUCGAGGUCAACCACUCCUUUAUUGUCACUUAAGGAUUGGACAAGUCGGGAAUCGGAAUAA